GAUUACCACUUCGAGUACACAGAGUGUGACAGCAGUGGCUCCAGAUGGAGGGUGGCUGUUCCGAAUCCGUCGGUGGAGUGCUCUGGACUACCUGACCCGGUGAAAGGGAAGGAAUGCACUUUCUCCUGUGCCUCUGGUGAGUACCUGGAGAUGAAGAACCAGGUGUGCAGCAAAUGUGCGGAGGGGACCUACUCGCUGGGCAGCGGGAUUAAGUUUGACGAGUGGGAUGAGCUGCCAGCAGGAUUCUCCAAUGUGGCGACUUUCAUGGACACGGCGGUGGGUUCAACUGAGAAUAAAGCUGACAGCUGCAACAACUCUUCGUGGACACCUCGAGGGAAUUACAUAGAGUCGAACAGGGAUGAUUGUACAGUUUCUCUCAUCUAUGCUGUGCACCUGAAGAAAUCCGGUUCUGUCUUCUUCGAAUACCAGUAUAUUGACAACAACAUCUUCUUUGAAUUUUUUAUACAAAAUGACCAGUGUAAAGAGAUGGAGUCCACAGCAGACAAGUGGGUGAAGCUGACGGACAACGGGGAAUGGGGGUCUCAUUCUGUAACUCUGAAAUCAGGUAGCAACAUAUUAUACUGGAGAACAACAGGGAUUCUCAUGGGGUCCAAAGUAGUAAAACCAGUUCUGGUGAAAAACAUCACGAUUGAAGGAGUUGCAUAUACAUCUGAAUGCUUCGCAUGCAAGCCUGGUACUUUCAGUGACAAACCAGGUUCAUCUGGCUGCCAGGUGUGUCCAAGAAAUACUUAUUCUGAGAAAGGAGCGAAAGAGUGCACCAAAUGUAAAGAAGAAAUGUAUUAUGCAGAUGAGGGAUCCAGUGCGUGUAUAGAGCGUCCUCCAUGCACAAACAAAGACUUUUUCCAGAUCCAUACCCCAUGUGAUAAGGAAGGAAAAACUCAGAUCAUGUACAAAUGGAUUGAACCCAAGAUCUGCAGAGAGGAUGUCCCUGAUGCACUGACCCUACCUCCUUCUGGAGAGAGGAAGGAUUGUCCACCUUGCAAUCCUGGCUUUUACAACAAUGCCUCAUCUUCCUGUACUCCUUGCCCACCAGGCACAUUUUCGGAUGGGACACAGGAGUGCAAAGCCUGCCCUGCUGGGACUGAACCAGCUCUUGGGUUUGAGUACAAGUGGUGGAACAUCCUGCCAAGCAACAUGAAGACGUCUUGCUUUAAUGUUGGCAACUCAAAGUGCGAUGGGAUGAACGGUUGGGAGGUGGCUGGUGAUCACAUCCAGAGUGGGGCAGGAGGCUCUGACAAUGACUAUCUUAUCUUGAACCUGCACAUCCCGGGAUUUAAACCUCCGACAUCGGUGACAGGAGCAACUGGGUCAGAACUAGGACGGAUUACUUUUAUUUUUGAGACCAUCUGUUCGGCAGAUUGUGUGCUGUACUUUAUGGCGGAUGUUAAUCGAAAAAAUACCAAUGUGGUGGAAUCGUGGGAAAGAAGUAAAGAGAAACAAUCCUACACUCACAUCAUUUCCAAAAAUGCUUCCUUCACGUUCACCUGGGCCUUUCAGAGAAUAAAUGAGGGCCAAGAUAGCAGACAGUUCAUCAAUGACAUGGCCAAGAUCUACUCCAUCAUGGUGACCAACGCAGUGGAUGGAGUCGCCUCUUCUUGCCGGGCCUGUGCGCUGGGCUCGGAGCAGUCUGGCUCAUCCUGUGUGCCCUGCCCGGCGGGACACUACAUCGAGAAGGAGACCAGCCAGUGCAAGGAGUGUCCGGCCAACACCUUCCUGUCCAUCCACCAGGUCUACGGCAGGGAGGCCUGCAUCCCAUGCGGGCCUGGCAGCAAGAGCACCAAGGACCACUCUGCCUGCUUCAGUGACUGCCUGGUGUCGUACAUCAAGGAUAAUCAGAGCCUGAAUUACGAUUUUAGCAACCUCAGCCAGGUGGGCUCGUUGAUGAGCGGACCCAGCUUCACUUCCCGAGGGACCAAGUUCUUCCACUUCUUUAACAUCAGCCUGUGUGGGAAUGAGGGGAAGAAGAUGGCUAUUUGCACUGACAAUAUCACCGAUGUUACUCUGAAGGACAUGGUUGCAGAAUCAGAAGAUUUUUCCAAUUUUGUGGGAGCUUUUGUCUGUCAGUCCACCAUCAUCCCGUCAGACAGCAAGGGUUUCCGAACAGCCCUGGCUCUGCAGUCCAACAGCCUUGCUGACAGGUUCUUAGGAGCUACUGUUGAAACAAUGCUGGAAAAUAUCAGCAUCAAGGCAGAUGUGUUUCCUCCCUCUCCAAGCAAAAUACCCGAUGUGCAUUUCUUUUACAAGUCUUCAACAGUGACAACCUCCUGUGAAAAUGGCCGUGCAACUGUUGUGACAAUGAGGUGCAAUCCCAACAAACCAGACCAAGGAGAGCUUUCUGUGCCCAGCUUAUGCCCUGCGGGCACCUGCGAUGGAUGCACUUUCUACUUUGUAUGGGAAAGUGCAGAAGCUUGCCCUCUCUGCACGGAGCAAGACUACCAUGAGAUUGAGGGAGCCUGCAAAAAAGGAUUUCAGGAAACCUUGUAUGUAUGGAAUGAACCAAAGCAUUGCAUUAAAGGGGUUCCCUUGCCAGAAAAAAGGACCAGCACUUGUGAAACAGUGGAUUUUUGGCUAAAAGUUGGAGCUGGUGUUGGUGCUUUCACAGCUGUUCUACUCAUAGCCUUGACCUGCUAUUUUUGGAAGAAGAACCAGAAACUGGAGUAUAAAUAUUCCAAAUUAGUGAUGACAACGAACUCAAAAGAGUGUGAGCUGCCAGCUGCUGACAGCUGUGCUAUAAUGGAAGGAGAAGAUAAUGAAGAAGAAAUAGUAUAUUCAAAUAAGCAGUCACUGCUGGGGAAGCUCAAGUCCUUGGCAACGAAGGAGAAGGAAGAUCAUUUUGAAUCUGUUCAGCUGAAAUCUUCAAGAGCCCAGAAUAUAUGAAGAAUUAAUGCUGCCUUCAAAGAAACAAACCUAAUUUCUAUUUUUACAGGACCAUAUUUUAAACAUAUUCUGGCACACAUUGUAGUGGUGAUCUUGGUGAGAAAUGCUUGGCCAUUUAGGAGGAAAGAAGACAGGGAGCAAACCAGAAAAUUGGAUUGCCUUACCAUGUGAUUGAGUACCUUGCCAAAAAAGAAAGCAGACGCUUGGAUUCCAUACUGGGAAUGAAAUUCAACUCAGGAAGAGAUAUACAUACUGCAAAUAACAUGAAUUUUUUGGAUUCACCUGGGCAUCGCUCAGGCAUGCCAUAUGAUUUAUAGGUACCUUUCAUUUCCUAUCACUCCUUCUACACUUAUUCAUAAGAAAUGAUUUUCAGAGAGGCCUGAAACCUCCUGCAAAAGUUGUGUAUUGUCCGUUAGUAGCAUAACUGAGUCUCUCUUAAAAUCAGAAUUGUGAAUGGUACUCGAAAUGAGCCUCAGGUGAGUUUUGAUCUUUGGAAAAUACUUUUGAUUUUAGUGCUUUGAAGGGCUGGAUGGUCUGUGUUGGCUUCUAACACAAGAGGCAUGGUGUUGCACCUGCAAGUUGAACCUGUUCUGAUGCCUAAGUCAUGGCCAUCAGGGCUGGGGUAAAAGCUGGUGCUAUUCAGUUUAAAUGUGUUAACUGCUGUUGUAUGAAUUGUAGGUCUGGGCCC